UGUCUUCGGUCUUCUUCCUUUGAUCCUCUCUCUCUCUUCUCUUUAUUAUCCUUUCUCUGUUUGUCUCUCUCUCUCCUUGUCCCAUUGACAUGUCUUCUGCCGGCGGCGACGGCGGAAGCAGCGGUAGCGGUAGCGGGGAAGGCGGCGUUACCUCCGGCGAACCUCGUCAAUACUUUUGCCACCAGUGCGACCGCACCGUCUCCAUUUCCCCUUCCUCUUCCGAUCUCCUCUGCCCCAAUUGCAACGAAGGUUUCCUCGAGGAACUCGAAAUCCCACUCACUAACCCUAACCCUAAUCCUGUCAAUCCCUUCUUCUCCUUCAACUCUGACUCUCCCGCCACUGGCGCCGCCACCUUUCCCCUCCUCUUCUCCGGCGCCGGAACUCCCGGUGCUGGUCAGCCGUUCGACGAUCUGUCCACCUUAUUCGGCAACCGAGCGUCGCCGCCCCCUCUCGGUGACGCUAACGCGUUCAACCCGUUCAUGUUCCUGCAGAACUACGUCCAAACCCUAAGAGCAGGAGGCGCAAACGUCCAAUUCGUGAUCGAGAACUCCGGCGACCCUAACAGAACGUUCCAGUUUCCCGGAAACGUCAACCACGGCGAUUACUUUUUCGGACCCGGCCUGGAGGAGCUGAUCCAGCAGCUCGCGGAGAACGAUCCGAACCGGCGAGGGACGCCACCGGCUUCAAAGUCUGCGGUGGAAGGUCUACCGGAUAUACCGGUGACGGAGGAGCUGCUAGCCUCAGAUUCAGCAUCAGCACAAUGCGCGGUGUGCAAGGACACCUUCGGUCUCGGUGAGAAUGCGAAACAGAUGCCUUGUAAACACAUUUACCAUGCUGAUUGUAUAUUGCCUUGGUUGGAAAUGCACAAUUCGUGUCCGGUUUGCCGGUACGAGUUGCCUACUGACGACAACGAUUACGAGCAGAGAGCUUCUCGGGGCGGUGCUCCUAAUGAUAACUCACGGUGGAUGAGGUUUAGGGUGCCUUUGACUGGGCAGUUUAAUCAAUUUGGUUCUUCUGUUGCCGGAACAAGUAAUGUUGGGAAUGCUGACAACAACAACAACAACAGCAGCAGCAACAACAACAAUGAUGGAAAUAAUAGUGGACAAUCGAAUCUUGAAAGUAGGGGGAAUCAGAAUCUUGAGUCGGAAACCAGACAAGAAGAUCUCGACUGAGGACACUCAUGUUUAAUAUGUUUGAAGAGUGUUUCAAAUCUGCAGCAUUUUGUUGAAUAGAAAUUAUAUCAAAUAUCAAGUAGUGGCUAGUGGCGGUUGCAGAUGUUAUAUUUGAUUAUAAUGAACUUAGGUAACUGCCCAUCACCAUUUUGACGCUUGAGGUUCUUUAUAGUUUCAUAAUUUUAUGUGCAUUAAUAGUUAUGUUUUGUGAUGUUUUUAUUGUCCGUGACACCUUCGCCCUCGUUCAUCUCUUGUAUAGCGUCGUCUAUCUCCUUGUGUUAGCUAAUAAACUGUUCUGCUGCAUUGGUGGCCAAACUACAAUGCGCCCACUGGAUCCUAUCUCCCAAAUCUGAAAAAUUGCGAUGGAAGAUUUUUUAUUUUUUUUUACCUUCUACCAUGUCUUUUGCUUAUGUUCGUAGUUUUAAAUUUAAUAAAGGGUCUCUUAUAAUAAA